UGGCUCCCAGAAAUCAGGCUCAGCGCUUUGCCGUGCACCGUAAUGCUAGGAAACCUGCACCGAGCCCCGAUGGUGUGAGCGCGGGAGCGGGGGAAGCCCAGCAGAUUCAGUGGCAAUCUGGGGUACAAUCCAUUUUCUCUUCCCCCCUCCCUCGACCCCCAUUCAUCUCCGUCCUCCUCGCCCUCCUCCCUCUUCGCCAAUCUCCCUUCCCUCCCCAAACUCCACCGCACGGAGCUGAAGAUCAAGGCUGGUGGAUUUAUCAACAUUUUACCUCCACCCCCACCCCCUUUUCCAGAUGCACCUCCCCGCUCUCCCUGACAGCUGCAAAAGGGAGCACAGGUUUUGUAGCGAGCGAGGCAACUUGGACUGACAUGCAAAGGCGAACCCCCCCGUACCCGCACACACCGUCGGUGAAUCACCGGGAGAUGCGAUGAGCUCCCUUUAGGAACCGGAAGGAUUUGUGUUGGGGAGCCAGUGGAGCCCCCCCUCCCCAUCCCCCCAGCCCGACCCUCCAAAAAAAAGUCAGGAAAGCCGCCAGAAAGGGUUCUCGGCCUAUUUGGAUCUACACAGUGGAAGUUGCAUCUUGUGUAUGGCGUGGUUAAGCUUGCAGCCUGUCACCUCGGCCUUCCUCCAUUUUGGGCUGGUUACUUUUGUGCUGUUUUUGCAUGGUUUGCAGGUGGAUGCUGGCCUGACGGGAGACUCAACCAGUACAGUACAAAACAGCUCGUGUUCAGGAUCUUUUGACUGCAAGGAGGGUGUUAUCCUGCCAAUAUGGUACCCAGAAAACCCAUCCCUUGGGGACAAAAUUGCCCGUGUUAUUGUAUACUUUGUAGCGCUGAUCUACAUGUUCCUUGGAGUCUCCAUCAUUGCAGAUCGUUUCAUGGCGUCUAUAGAGGUCAUUACAUCGCAGGAGAAAGAAAUAACAAUUAAGAAACCCAAUGGAGAGACCACAACGACCACCAUUCGGAUUUGGAAUGAAACUGUUUCCAACUUGACCCUCAUGGCUCUGGGCUCCUCUGCUCCUGAGAUCCUCUUGUCUCUGAUAGAAGUGUGUGGGCAUGGAUUCAUAGCUGGAGACCUGGGGCCAUCCACAAUUGUUGGCAGCGCUGCUUUCAAUAUGUUUAUCAUCAUUGCCAUCUGUGUCUAUGUGAUCCCUGAUGGGGAAACCAGGAAGAUAAAACACCUGAGGGUUUUCUUUGUCACAGCUGCAUGGAGCAUCUUUGCUUACAUCUGGUUGUACAUGAUCCUUGCUGUCUUCUCUCCAGGUGUGGUUCAGGUUUGGGAAGGCCUGCUCACGCUUUUCUUCUUUCCACUUUGUGUCGUUCUGGCUUGGAUAGCAGAUAGACGCCUGCUUUUCUAUAAGUACAUGCACAAAAAGUACCGUACUGAUAAGCACAGGGGCAUUAUCAUAGAAUCAGAAGGUGAUCACCCAAAGGGAAUUGAGAUGGAUGGCAAGAUGAUGAACUCGCACUUUCUAGAUGGGAACUUAGUGACUGUGGAAGGGAAGGAAGUAGAUGAAUCUCGCAAAGAGAUGAUCCGGAUCUUAAAGGACCUGAAGCAAAAGCACCCAGAAAAGGACUUGGACCAGCUGGUAGAGAUGGCCAACUACUACGCCUUGUCUCAUCAGCAGAAGAGCAGAGCCUUUUAUCGCAUUCAAGCAACCAGAAUGAUGACGGGAGCUGGCAAUAUUCUGAAGAAGCACGCAGCUGAGCAAGCCAAGAGAACCACUAGCUUGCAUGAGGUACGGCCAGAGGAACCCGAGGAAUUCAUCUCUAAAAUUUAUUUUGACCCAUGCUCCUACCAGUGUCUUGAGAACUGUGGUGCCGUUCUCCUGACAGUGGUGCGGAAAGGAGGGGACAUGUCCAAGACCAUCUAUGUGGACUAUAAAACAGAGGAUGGCUCUGCCAAUGCUGGUGCUGACUAUGAGUUCACAGAGGGGACUGUUGUCUUGAAAUCUGGGGAGACCCAGAAGGAGUUCUCGGUGGGAAUUAUCGAUGAUGACAUAUUUGAGGAAGAUGAACAUUUCUUUGUGCGGCUCAGUAACCUCCGUGUGGUGGAGAGUGAGGAACCUCCAGAGCUCAGUAACUCCCCAUACCCAAAGGCCAUAUUGGCUUCUCCUUGUGUGGCCACAGUGACUAUCCUGGAUGAUGACCAUGCUGGCAUCUUCACAUUUGAGUGUGACAUUAUACAUGUCAGUGAGAGCAUUGGUGUGAUGGAAGUCAAAGUCCUAAGGACAUCAGGUGCGCGGGGUACAGUCAUAGUGCCAUUUAGGACAGUAGAAGGGACAGCGAAAGGAGGUGGAGAAGACUUUGAAGACACUUACGGGGAGCUGGAGUUCAAGAAUGAUGAAACUGUCAAAACAGUUCACAUCAAGGUAAUUGAUGAUGAGGAGUAUGAAAAAACCAAGAAUUUCUUCAUUGAGCUGAUGAGCCCCCGCAUGGUGGAUAUGAGUUUACAGAAAGCCCUACUGCUCACGCAAGAGGUGGCUGAGAGGAAGAUGACAGUUGAAGAGGAGGAAGCCAAGAGAAUUGCAGAGAUGGGCAAACCAAUACUCGGCGAGCACCCCAAACUGGAAGUCAUCAUUGAGGAGUCCUAUGAGUUCAAGAGCACCGUGGACAAGCUGAUUAGGAAGACAAACCUGGCUUUGGUUGUAGGGACACAUUCCUGGAGGGACCAGUUCAUGGAGGCCAUUACUGUGAGCGCAGCAGGUGAUGAGGAUGAGGAUGAGUCUGGUGAGGAGCGCCUGCCGUCCUGCUUUGACUAUGUGAUGCACUUCCUGACAGUCUUCUGGAAAGUGCUUUUUGCCUGCGUGCCCCCCACUGAAUACUGCAAUGGCUGGGCCUGCUUCGUCGUCUCCAUCCUCAUCAUUGGCAUGCUCACCGCCGUCAUCGGCGACCUCGCCUCCCACUUUGGCUGCACCAUUGGCCUCAAGGACUCGGUGACCGCCGUCGUCUUCGUCGCCUUUGGCACUUCUGUACCAGACACCUUCGCCAGCAAAGCCGCAGCCGUCCAGGACAUGUACGCUGACGCCUCCAUCACCAAUGUCACAGGCAGCAACGCUGUCAACGUCUUCCUGGGCAUCGGGCUGGCGUGGUCAGUGGCAGCGAUCUACUGGGCGUCGCAGGGGCAGGAGUUCCAGGUGUCAGCAGGCACCUUGGCGUUCUCCGUCACCCUCUUUACCAUCUUCGCCUUCAUCUGCAUCAGCGUCCUCCUCUACCGCCGGCGACCCCACCUUGGGGGGGAGCUGGGCGGCCCCCGGGGCUGCAAAGUGGCCACAACGUUGCUCUUCGUCAGCCUCUGGCUGCUCUACAUCCUCUUCGCCACCCUGGAGGCCUAUUGCUACAUCAAGGGGUUUUAGGUGGUGGAGGGACGGUGCUGCCGGGGGAGGGACCACCUCCUCCGUUACCUCACCGGACACCGGUCCUGGAAGCGCGGUUUCACUGGAGGGUACGGCCGUCUGUCAGGGGCUGCCACUGCCCAGACGGUCGGACAGCUGUGUGUCAAGAAAGGCAAAACCAUCACAGAGUGAAAAAAACAAAGAGACAAAACCCAUCCAAAAAUGGUACAAAAGAAAGCAACAAUGGCGAGUGUUGAAAUAAAACACAAUAAACCCAGGCACUGACCCUAUUCAAUGAAAUUACGAAGUUUCAACCAUCUCCAAAGGCCACCUCUCCCAUAGGGGGUCAUCUCCUUUCCUGCCGAGUACCCCUCCACUGUAAGGAGGUGUUUCCUUAUUUUUACUAGCUGAGAAUUGCAGAAGUCUGGUUCAGGAAUUUGUGGGGUUUUUUUCUUUUUUUUUUUGUUCACUCGUUGCUUUUCGGUUCUGGGGGAGCACGCAAAUUUUUUUUUUUUUUUUUUUUUUUUACUACUUAAUCCAAAAAAUGUUAAAAAAAACUCAAAGCUUCAAGCUGCCGUCAGUGCUGGAAUUGAACAUGUGUAUUUCUGAAGCCACAAAAGACUGUGACACAGUCAAAAAACUUUUUCACUAUUACCCCUUUCCUCCCCUGCCACCUUCCAUUUCUUUCUUUUUUAAGAACAUCACAAGACUGAUAUAUUUUUAAUACAAACACAGACACAAAGUCACACACAUUUAGUGACAAAAGCUGGAGCAUGUAGCAUCUCAAUCACCUGCCUGGGCUAAGAAAAAAAGAAGGGAAAAAACCCCCAACCCUAUAAUACAAUACGUGUCAUGUAUAUUUUGACUAUGGCAUUUCUCUUUGUAUAAUUAAUUUUGAGCUCAUGGUACUGCAGGGAGAGAAAAUUCUGUUAAUUUACAACUGUUAAAGAAAUAAAACAUCCUGCCCUGGGUGGAGCAAGGGGGACAGGGAAAGCAGCACUGUCUCAUUGGGAUGGUGCUGGUGGCAGGUUUGCUGUGUGGUCCUCCUGCUCAGAGGUGGAAGUGAAUUCGGGAAGACCUGGAUAGUGUGCCCACGUUCCCAACACCAUCCCACCCAGAGCUGUGGCGUGGCUGCCCUUCCAUUCUGUUGCUGCCCCAUUUUUCACAGCAGCCACACCUCACUGGUGGUUUCCACACCAUUUACAGGUAUGGGCUUAAAAACUGCCACCCACAUCAGGACUCCUACAUUAUCUCAAGUACCUUUAGGGAACACUAGACAGACAAAAAAAGCAUCAUUUUAAUUUGAAAUGCAUUUCUUUUUAAGGAUAAAGAAGAAAAAAACCCACCACCAUGAGAAUAUGUCAUGAGUUACAUCAACAGCUGCAAAUUGAAAUGUUGGGUUGGUAAUAAAAUAAAUAAAAACUAUACUUAUAUCUAUAUAAACAGUGCUAUCUAGAAACAUAUUUCUUAAUUGAGAGCCCUGGAAGAGAAUGGUAAAAUCCUACUCUUUGUAAAGUGUUUUUGAGAUGAAUUUCUUCUAUCAUGAAACAGGUGCUGUAAAAGGGAACCAUUUUCAUCAAGUUCCCUAAAAUAAGCCAAACUUUGGGAGGCAGCAAGUAAGAGAGGGGCUGCCAAAAGGUACAGUUCUGCCUGCUGCAGUGCUUUUGGCUGCCCCAGGAGGCAGAGAGGAGGUGCCCAUGGGUUAGGGAAAAAGCAAUGGGAACAAAAUUGUCAUGGACAAAAAGAGAUGUAACAUUAUAGCAGGUGACUAGAUGGAGGCACCUGUUCUUAAAACACAGAUGAAGUAUUUAUUUUCAUACAAAAUGCUUAUCAGAUAUCUAUAUAUAAAUCUGUACACAUGAGGCAGAGAAGAGGGAUCCUUCUCAGAUGAGCAGCCAGAGCUUUGUUGGUGGGAGCCACUGGGUUUGAAGCUAACAAGCAUCCAGCAUCCUGCCUUCUUACCCUCCCUUUGCCAUGCCUUUGGGGGAAGGGCCUGAAAAAGAUGGGCAAGAGACCCCGAGGCCAGGCUCCCACUGAGCUCACUGAUCCUUCUGGCUCCAGUAGUGGCAGCAGCCACCAAGAGCAGCUGCUGUCAUUGCCACACAGCCCAUCAGCCCCAGAGCUCAUAUGUGUGACACUAAAAGAAAGAAUUCAGGAAUCCCCAAAUGUUUUGUGUAGGGGUUUAAAGUGUAGCUCUCAAGGGGAGAUUGUUACUGUUGCUGGUUUUAAUUGGGACAUACAAAGUCUGUUGAGCUUUUAUUUUACCUGUGCCAGCAUAGCCAUCUCUGGCUAAAGCCCGGCCUGGGGCGCUGCUGUGCUCUUCUUCUAUGCUUGUUCUGUAUCCACUGUGUGCUUUUCAUCCACUUCCUUCUCCAGCUGACAGCAGGGAAGGGGUGUGGGGGUAGGACUGGCUGCCAUGAGGGGACUGUAUGGGGCCCCUGGUGCCCUCCAUGCAGAAGGGCGAUCUGCAUCAGGCUGACAUCUGUAGCAUGUUCCUUUUAUUUUAUUUUUUUUUUUUACUCCAUUAAAAAAUAU